AGGAGAGAGGAGAGAGGAGAGAGGAGAGAGAAGUCUUUUCUAAAACGUCGGUCGUAGUUGGCGCGUACGCUGUUGUCGCCGUUUUCACGCGCGGCGGCCAUUUCUUAUCAUUGGUUGGUUUGUGUUAUCACUCACGGCGCUGCUAUUUCUCUCUCUAUCUAUCUAUCUAUCCAUGCUCAGCAUAAUCAUCAUCAUCAUCAUCAAAUCUUACAAUAGUAAUCAACUUUACCUUCCUUUUUCUCACGAUUUCCUGCAAAUGCAUCCAAUUACAUCAUGAAACUUGAUCUUCCGUUUUGAUGCUUCAGCUGUUGGAUAGAACCACUAAACAAAUAAUUGCAUUUUGAAACUAAAAAAACAUGCUGUAGCUUUCUAGUGCUCUUGAUCAGGCCCAUGAUGGGCAUUUUCUCUGUGCCUAUCCUAUUCCUGACAAUCCUCUACUUCUUUUGGCUUUCAUUCAUCACAAAGAAAGCAGGAGCUCUCAGUCCUGAUGGUGAGGCACUUGUAAAUUUUAGAGCCUCAAUUGUGGGUUCAGAUGGUAUUCUACUCCAGUGGAGACCAGAAGAUGCCGAUCCAUGUUUGUGGAAAGGAGUACUAUGUGAUCCAAUAACCAAGAGAGUGAUAUCCUUGAAUCUUGCCUACCACCAACUGAGGGGACCUAUAUCACCGGACCUUGGGAAAUUAGAGCAACUACAGUUUCUAGCUCUCCAUAACAAUCAUCUUUAUGGGACAAUGCCUUCACAGUUGGCAAAUUGUACAAAACUGAGAGCAUUGUACUUGCAAUAUAACUACGUUAGUGGAUUAAUUCCUAGUGAGCUGGGAAAUCUUUCAGUGCUUGAAAAUCUGGAUUUUUCUAGUAACCUUCUGAGUGGAGCUAUUCCACAAUCCCUUGGAGAUUUGCAAAAGCUCACAACUCUAAAUGUUUCAAGCAACUUCCUGGUUGGGGAAAUACCAUCUUAUGGAGUGCUCACCAAGUUCAACGAGAGUUGCUUUCUUGGGAAUCAGAAUUUAUGUGGAAAACAAAUCAGUAACAUCUGCAAAAAUGAUGCAGAUGGCCAUAAUCAUCCCAUUGAUGAACAUCAAUCUGUGAGGAAAAAUUCUGGACGACUCCUUGUAAGUGCAUCUGCAACAGUGGGUGCCUUACUUUUGGUUGCACUUAUGUGCUUUUGGGGUUGUUUUCUUUACAAGAAACUUGGUAAGAAUGAUGGAAGAAGUCUGGCUAUGGAUGUUAUUGGAGGUGCAUCAAUUGUUAUGUUUCAUGGAGACCUCCCAUACUCUUCAAAAGACAUCAUUAAGAAAUUGGAGACUCUGAACGGUGAUCAUAUAAUCGGAUCUGGCGGCUUUGGUACAGUUUACCGUCUUGAAAUGGAGGAUGGAAAUAUAUUUGCCUUGAAAAGAAUCGUGAAGAUGAACGAAGUAUUUGAUCGUUUUUUCGAGAGAGAGCUUGAGAUUCUGGGAUGCAUAAAGCAUAGAUACCUUGUGAACUUGCGGGGAUAUUGCAAUUCUUCGACGUCAAAUUUAUUAAUAUAUGAUUUCUUAUCCGGUGGCAGCCUAGACGAAGUUCUUCAUGCUGAAAGGUCUGAACAACAACUGAACUGGGAUGCAAGAUUAAACAUUAUAAUGGGAGCUGCUAAAGGACUUGCCUACUUGCAUCACGACUGUUCUCCACGAAUUAUACACCGUGACAUUAAAUCAAGCAACAUCUUGCUCGACCAAAAUAUGGAAGCUCGAGUUUCUGACUUUGGCCUUGCCAAACUGUUGGAGGAUGAGGAAUCUCAUAUUACAACCAUUGUUGCUGGAACUUUUGGAUAUUUGGCUCCAGAGUAUAUGCAGAGUGGUAGAGCAACUGAGAAGACGGAUGUAUAUAGUUUUGGUGUUUUGAUGCUAGAAGUAGUAAGUCGGAAGCGCCCCACUGAUGCAACUUUCAUCGAGAAGGGCCUUAAUAUUGUUGGAUGGUUGAAUUAUUUAGUUACUGAGAACAGACCACAGGAUCUGGUUGACCCGAAUUGUAUAGGAGUUGAGGCAGAAAGCUUGGAUGCACUUCUCUCGAUUUCCAUUCAGUGUGUGUCGUCUGUCCCAGAGGAUCGGCCUACAAUGCACAGGGUUGUUCAAAUUCUUGAAUCAGAGGUCAUGACUCCGUGCCCCAGUGAGUUCUACGAUUCUAGUUCCGAUUGAUUGAUUGAUUGAUUAUUGAUUGAUACGUAGCGUAAUAAUAGCCAUGGAGAUUGUCGUAUGUGAAUACUCCCCCCACCCGAAUCUAUUUCCUACUACAUUAUUUUUUUCCAAAAAAAAAACGAGGAUCCCCUCCUUUCUCCCUUCCCUCCAUUGAUGCGGUUGAGUUCCCCAAUUUCUGCUAUUGAAAAAGUGUAUACGUGAGAAGUUUAUUGGAUAAAUGUGUCAUCAAAUUACAACAUUAUUAGUCUCAACAAAAAAUGAAGCAGCUUCUUUCUUUUUCUAUAUAUAUAUAUAUAUUGUGACAGUA